UUUGCAGAACCCGAAUUAUUUUUCUUGGCUGUCCAACGCUCAAAGGAAUACUCCGGCCACUUUUUACUUUUUACGUCGAACGGACUUUGCUUUUUGUUUGUUUCCAUUAUCGAUUUUCUCCCUUCGCCGUCGCCGGUGGGGUUAGCGCAUCUCAGGGUUUUAGAGGUCUGGGAAGUAAAACACAACGAUGGAUUCAUCACAGAAUGCAGCAACAGCUGGGACUGGUGUUGGCGGCAAUGGGAUGAUCAUCUCUCAAGGCAAUGACACGGCAGCAACUGCUGUGGAUGAACCAAAGCAGAAUUUGAACCAGGUCAUCAACUCUAUCCAGAAAACUUUGGGCCUUCUGCACCAGCUCUACCUUACUGUCUCUUCCUUCAACGCUGCCUCACAGCUUCCUCUUCUCCAAUGCCUCAAUUCUCUUGUUAUGGAGCUCGACAACAUGGUUAGAUUAGCUGAGAAGUGCAGCAUUCAGGUUCCUAUGGAGGUUCUUAAUUUGAUUGAUGAUGGAAAGAAUCCAGAUGAAUUCACAAGGGAUGUCAUAAAUAGCUGUAUCGCCAAAAAUCAGAUCACUAAAGGCAAAACUGAUGCCUUUAAGGGUUUACGCAGACAUCUCCUAGAAGAACUUGAGCAAACAUUUCCUGAUGAAGUUGAAUCUUACAGAGAGAUACGCGCAGCCUCUGCUGCUGAAUUGAAACGACUUGCACAAGCACAAAGCACAUUACCAAAUGGAGAUAUGAAAGUCUAAUCUGACUUUUCGGUGCCCAUGUCAGUAUUGCAUCUGAGUGGAUUAUGCCAAGAUGUGCCAUAGAUUUGAUGAACAGUUGAGGUGGUAUGGUUGGGUGUGGUACCAUGAAGAAAGUAUGGAGGGUGGUUCUGAUUUGUUUAAUGUGGUGUCUAUGGAUUGAGCGAAAUGCUCGACACUUUGAAGAUAUAGAGACAUCGAUAACAAAGUUGCAAAAGACUGUGGUGAACACGUUACAUAUUUGGAUAUCGGCACAUUAUAGCUUAUUUGGUUCUACUUUUGCAGUCUUUUUGACUUUAUGUUCUUCUUUUUCAUCUUAGGGGUUUUCUUAUAUACUCCCUGUAUAAUAAGGUUGCGCCCAUUUGUGCCUUAUUUAUGAAAUGACAUUACUUAUUAAAAAAUAAGUUUUUCGUGAAAAGUUGCUCUGAAAGAGUAUGCCCAAAGUAAUUGUAAUAAUCCAUAAAUUUGGAGAUACAAUUAUGAGUGGAAGAAAGAUGGAAAUAAGUUUGUUGCUAUGUAUAGAAUCCAUGAUGCCAGAGCAUUUUAGUCAGUGUUGGUAAUUUUGUUAAAGCGAAAAAGCUAGUGGCAGAAACUCGUGACAUAAUUAGUAAUUUGGUGUAUUGCAAGGGAAUCCUAAUUUGGGAGAUAUUUAGAGAGUUGCUAGAGGUAAUAUAUAAGUAAUCGAAAAUUCAUUAAAAAGUGUAAAGGUGCAAUUCAAGUACACAUUAGGUAUACAAGAGUGACAUCUAAUUAGAAGAAGAAAAAAAUGUAGAAAAAUAUGAAAGCUAGAAAGUAAGGUGUCUUAAAGAAUAAAGCCAUUAAUUCCACUAAUGUUCUCUCAUGGUUCUCAAUGUUCUGAUCAUUUCUUUCCCUCCAAAGGCAACACAUUAAACAGGAUGGUAUCAUCUUCUAUACUGCAUCAAACUAAGCCUACUACCUUGCUCUCACUAGCAAGCGAAUAGGUCUACCAACCGACUAGGCAUAACCCAAGCUAGCCCUAAAUUGCUGAAGAUAGUAUUCUUAUUCCAAAGAGCAUUGGCAAUCUCACAAUGGUGUAGAAGAUGAUCCACUAACUCUCCAUUCUUCUUACAUAUACAACACUAAUCAUCUACAAUGACAUGCUGCUUUCUUAGAUUAUUCAUACUAAGGAUCUUCCCUAAUAACGAAUAGAAAGGGAGGCAAAGGUUCUCCUUGUCACAAGCCACGAGAACUACUAAAAAAACCCGUUGGGGUGCCAUUCACCAAAAUCGAAAAGUGAACCGAAGAAAUACAAUAUGUAAUCCAAUUACACCAUUUUCUCCCAAAAUGUAUCUCCUCAGCAAAUACAAAAGAAAGUACCAAAAUUUACAUGUGUAUAAGCCUUUUCAACAUCCAGCUUGCACAACACACAUAGUUCCCUAGAUCUAAUCCUAUUGUUUAGGCACUUGUUGGCAAUGAGAGCAGAGUAUAAAAUAUGCCUCCACUAGCGUUCUAAGGCUUGGAAAUGAUCUUCUUCACUACCAUUUUCAACCUAAUUAGCUAGAACUUUGACGACAAUUUUGUAAAGUACACGCACUAAGCUAAUAGGUUGAAAAUUUUUAAUGUCAACUGCCCUUAGUUUCUUUGGUAUAAGAGAAAUGAAUGUGGCAUUGAGACUUUUUCAAACAUACCCUUGGCUUGAAAAUCAUGGAAAACAUUCAUGAUGUCUACUUUGAGCACCUCCCAGGAAGAUUAGAAGAAACUUACAGUAAAUCCCUCCGGGAUCGGAGCCUUGUCACAGUUAAAGGCUUUCACCAUCUAACAUAGGCUGCUGAACUGCUAGGUAAACUAUCAUAGAAUUGCACAAUGUGUUUUCUUAUCUCAGACUAAUUUGAAAGAGCUGCACCAUUAACCACCAAUUGCUCAAUGGAAUUAUUCCUUCUACUUGAAUUGUCUCUAUUUUUGCCUUCAAUUCACUUCCUCCAAAAGAGUUGUCCUCUCCAAGUCAUUAAUCACAAUAGCCUUCCUUGUUUUCUCCUCCUCACUUAAACCUCUCUCUUCUUCCAAACCCUCAAUAAUUCAAGGCAAGAGAGUCCAUAUAUAGACUCUUUUAUAUGGCCCUUCUUAAAUCCAUCAGAACAGCUACAUCCAAUUGAAAGAAUCUCCAAUUUGGAGGAGAGAUCAGAAUUUACUUUUGCCAUACAAAGAAUUCCAUUGCUCUUUCAGGCUUUAACUUCACUUCCUCAGUGUCAAUUGGACCUGAGUUUUUCGCCUAUGAUUCUGAGAUUAUUUGAUACAUUGAACUUCUACAGGGAAUGUUUGUUUGUUUCAACCUUCGACACUAUUCUUACUAAUGCAUUCACAACAUGUGUAUGGUAGCACGCAUCUCCUGAUAUUCCUAUUUCUUCCUACUGCUGCAAUGCCUUCAUGUUCCCUUUGCUUAAUAACUUUUUUUUUUUUGAUAUCUUUUCUAUUAGCUUUUGCCUGUAUUAGCUUGAAACAUACUAACUGGACAUAAGGUGGAGAAGCUAGACUUAUAUAACCAACUA